AUGAGGUCCAAGCAGCAGCCACGACCAUCCUACCGAUGGAUCAACAACGACAAAGACUAUCAGAAAAAUUAUUACGGUAAACAGAUUAAUGUAUCUUACAUGUUAGCUUCACCAUUUGUCUAUUCCGCGUUAACCAAUACAAAAGUGUAUGGAAUCGAUAUUUUUUUGUUGGUCACGUUUGGCCGAAGGGCCAAUAUACAAUUUAACCCGAUUCCAACGGUGUAUCAUAAAAAGGAAAAGCAGAAAUUCCUCAAGAAAGCUAAAGAGAUCAACUCUGUGAUUUGGUUGAAUCGGGUAACAUGGAGAACAGUUCCUAAAUCAUUCGUUACCGUACCUGAUUUGGUUCAGUACGUCAUUGUUGCACCGCGUGGACAACCACUAACGAUACCGGAAAUAUUUUUGCGGCCACUUAGUCUCGCGUCCUGGACACUGAUGUUGAUAAUCGUGGUGAUUAGCUUUCUCGUAAUGUGGAAUAGUGGACAAUACUUCCGUAACGAUCUAAUACUGCUUCCCUUUUGUGGUCUUGAACGUUACAAUCUUAAUGAAACGAAACCGCUAGAAAAAAUUAUCAUCCUCAGUUUGAUGGUAUUUUAUUUCCUUAUUCAAAGUGGAUAUGAAUCGAUUAUCAUUUCGCUUAUCUCAGAUGUUCCAUUUCAUUCCGAUAUUGAAACAUUACAGCAACUUAAGGAGAAUCAAUUACCAGUAAUGCUUUACGAACGAGACAAUAUAGAAUUUUUUAAACCUUUACUGGAGCAAAAAAAUGUAACAGUUAAAGUUAUUGUUUCUGAUAUGCUAAAUGGGUUGCAAAGUGACGCUGCCGCACUUCACAAUGAUCGUACAGGUAUAAAUUUAAUAAACUAUCCAGGAUUUUACGAUGUCACACAUAAUCGCAAAAAAUAUAACAUUCUGAAGGAAACUUUUUCUGCCCAUCCUUCCGGCUUUACAUUUCUUAAGCGGACGAUGCUGCAGGAAUUAUUUGAAAAACACAUACAUAACGUUUUCGAAGGAGGUUUUUUUCUGCAUUGGUCAUAUUGGUUUCAGAAAAAACCUCAAAAAGGCAUAGAUGUUGGUGUCGAAAACGAAGAUAGUGAUAUAGUUAAGUUUGGUGAUCUCGCACCAUUCUGGGUGGUAAUCGGUAUAGGGUGGACAUUAAGUAUUUUUGUAUUUAUAUUAGAGAAGUUUACUAAUUUGAGAAUGGCAUUUGAAAUGAAGGCACCACGUUAAUAUUCAUUUAGCGAAACAGCAUGAACAUUAAAUGUCAACAUAACUGUCUUGAGAAGAAUUUCAAAAUUAUUUUUUGCAGCUCUCAGUUACAUUUUUGUAAAAGUCAGAAGGUUUGAAAUAAAAUUAUCCAUAUGGUUUUGAAAAGCUUAAAAAACAAGCACUACUUUUAAAUUAAACACUCCAUUACAAAUGAAAUGUGUGAAAAAAAACAAGAUAUAAACGAUGAAUAAAGACCAUGCGUCUCCAUUGU